GGAACCAAGCGCCCCGGCCUGCGGCGGCCGCGGGGGUUGCCCGGGUCCGAGCGUCUCUCGAGCAGCCGCGCACGCGCCGGCCCCGCGCACCGGUGCGUGCAGCGAGCCAGGUGCACGAGUGCACGCGCGCCACGCUCGCCCGAGCCUGGCCGGCCCGCCCGGCGCCAGGUCCCCGGCCGGAGCAGGUCGGGUCCGAGAGGCCUGCGGUGUGCCUUCCGGCCGCCCGGGGCGCGCGGGGCGCCGGCGCUGCCAGUUAAAGUGUAGCGGGGGCUCCUCCGGCUCCGCCGCCGACCGUCCCGGCACUCCGGCCGAGCUGCCCACGACAUUCGAAAAUAGCAUGUGGGCUGGCUCUGGCCACAGAACCUGAAUACUUCACAUCUGGGAGUGAGGGAAAGUGAAUCAUCACAUUCCCCUCCGUGGAAGAGGACUUGGGCUGGAAGCAUGUGGUGCAUCCUGCGAGGCUGGAGGCGAGGGGCUCUGGGCCCACGGGGAGCCCCGGGGCCGCGCUGGACCCGGGCCAUCCGUGCUCUGGCCAGUGAGCGUCCCCGCAGCACGGGUGAGUACAGCCACGUGGUGGUGGGUGCGGGCUCCGCUGGCUGCGUGCUGGCCAGUCGGCUCACGGAGGAGCCCGACGAACGUGUGCUGCUGCUGGAGGCCGGGCCCAAGGACGUGUGCGCGGGGAGCAAGCGGCUCCUGUGGAAGAUCCACAUGCCCGCGGCCCUCGUGGCCAACCUGUGCGACGACAGGUACAACUGGUGCUACCACACGGAGCCGCAGCCGGGCCUGGACGGCCGCGUACUGUACUGGCCGCGCGGCCGAGUCUGGGGCGGCUCGUCCUCGCUCAACGCCAUGGUCUACGUGCGCGGACACGCCGAGGACUACGAGCGCUGGCAGCGGGAGGGCGCGGCGGGCUGGGACUACGCGCACUGCCUGCCUUACUUCCGCAAGGCGCAGGCGCACGAGCUGGGCGCGGGCGUGUACCGCGGCGGCGCCGGGCCCCUGCGCGUGUCUCGGGGCAAGAGCGGCCACCCGCUGCACCACGCGUUCCUGGAGGCGGCGCGGCAGGCCGGCUACCCCUUCACCGAGGACAUGAAUGGCUUCCAGCAAGAGGGCUUCGGCUGGAUGGACAUGACCAUCCACGAAGGCAAGCGCUGGAGCACGGCCUGUGCCUACCUGCACCCGGCACUGAGCCGCCAGAACCUCACGGCCGAGACCCAGACAUUUGUGAGCAGGGUGCUGUUUGAAGGCACCCGUGCGGUGGGUGUGGAGUACAUCAAGAACGGCCAGAGCCACAGGGCUUAUGCCAGCAAGGAGGUGAUUCUGAGUGGAGGUGCCAUCAACUCUCCACAGCUGCUCAUGCUGUCGGGCGUGGGUAACGCAGAUGACCUCAAGAAACUGGGCAUCCCGGUGGUGUGCCACCUUCCUGGAGUUGGCCAGAACCUCCAAGACCACUUGGAGAUAUACAUCCAGCAGGCAUGCACCCGCCCCAUCACCCUCCACUCAGCACAGAAGCCCUUAAGGAAGGUCCGGAUUGGCCUCGAGUGGCUCUGGAAGUUCACAGGGUAUGGAGCCACGGCCCACCUGGAAACAGGCGGGUUCAUCCGGAGCCAGCCUGGGGUGCCCCACCCGGACAUCCAGUUCCACUUCCUGCCGUCUCAGGUGAUCGACCACGGGCGGAUUCCGCCGCAGCAGGAGGCUUACCAGGUGCAUGUGGGGACCAUGCGGGGCACAAGUGUGGGCUGGCUCAAACUGAGAAGUGCCAACCCCCACGACCACCCUGUGAUCCAACCCAACUACUUGUCAACAGAAACUGACAUUGAUGACUUCCGUCGGUGUGUGAGGCUGACCAGAGAAAUUUUUGCACAAAAAGCUCUGGCACCGUUCCGGGGGAGGGAGCUCCAGCCAGGAAGCCACGUCCAGUCAGAUGAGGAGAUAGACGCAUUUGUGCGGGCGAAGGCAGACAGCGCCUACCACCCAUCGUGCACCUGCAAGAUGGGCCAGCCCUCCGAUCCCACGGCAGUGGUGGACCCACAGACCAGGGUCCUCGGGGUGGAAAACCUCAGGGUGGUCGAUGCCUCCAUCAUGCCCAGUGUGGUCAGCGGCAACCUGAACGCCCCCACCAUCAUGAUCGCAGAGAAGGCAGCCGACAUGAUCAAGGGGCGGCCGGCGCUCUGGGACGAGGAUGUCCCUGUCUACAAACCCAGGACCCUGGCCACCCAGCGCUGAGGCUGUCCCUGCCUGAGAAGGCUCAGCACAGCCCUUGCUCCAAAUGCGCUUUCCCGAACCUCUGGAGAAUGUUACAGUUCAGUGGCCAAGAACUGGAUAAUUUCUGAAGAAAUGAGACCAGUACUGGCCAGUGAAUUGGCUUCUUCCUUCCCAGCAGGUCCCUGUGGUCCCUCUGGGAAAGCCGGCAUUCUGGCUGGGGCCCCUCCUCUCCGCCUCCUGGCAGGACAGUAAAAGGGAAGGGAGGCUGGUAGAGUGUGGGCAACUCCGGCCAGGUCCUUGUCUUGUAUUCCACGGUGCUCUCCAACCCAGGGUCCUGCUGCCUUCCUGGGUCCUGGUGGGACUUGAGGAAAGUGGUUCUCUCCCAGCCUCCCUCUGGAGGCAAGCCCGGCCAAGAGUCCACAGGAGUUAGGGAGCGUGGAGCUCAGCUGGGAUGUGUGCCUCCAGCAUCCCUGGUCAGAGGGGAAGCUGCCCAUGGAAGAAUCUGGCUCCUCCUCUCUCUGCCGCUUCCUGACUUCACUGUCAGAGCGAGGCAGGCACUGGUGCUCAGUUAGGUCCCUCUGAGGGGCUUGCAGCCCACCUCUCCGAUGCUCUGGUUCUUAUUAAUACCAUCAGCCCGAUGAGAGGAAUUCUGGGCCUUUUUCCAGGACUCAGGAGUGUGCAGGGUCUCUUCACUGCCAUGGGUUUCAGGAUUUAGCAUUUUUAAAGAUUUUCCUGUUGCCAGGAAACGUAGAAACCCAGAGCAGACCUGCAAACCCAGCCCGCUCCAGAGACGGACGGCUCAGCAGUGGCCGUGGCUGGCUAAUUCUCAUUCUCCAGCUGUCCACAGCAGCAGACCAGGCAGGAGCCAGACUGACGGAAAAAGCAGUCAAGUAAAGCUAUGAUACUGAUCCUGUUAAAAAAAAAAAAAAAAAAAAAAAAGCAAUUGAGUGAAAGAAAAAUAAAUUGGCAAAGAUUUGAGUUUGGGGGGAAAACCAGAUACAAAGUAACCUUUAAAACAGCUCUCUGAUCUUUAAACUUCUAAUUCAAUAAUGCAAUCCCGUAACUUAUUUUUGAACCUAGGCUGUCAUUAUGCAGACUGUCGUUACAAGGUAAUGAAAACUUGAAAGCAUUUCGGGUUGAUUUUUCUGACAAUAUCCAAAAGCCACUGUCUGUGGCAGGAAUGAAGGGAAUUGCUGUAUGGAAAUCUGUCAUACUGGACCCAGAAUCAAGAAGGGAGGAAAAUGGAACAUUCCAGGCUUCACCCUGGAUCACAGUGGAUUGAGGUGGCUUGGAGGCCAAUGGCUGCAACUUAUAUUUCUGAGAAAGAUUUCCAGAAGGGUGGAAAGAAGAAAGCCAUCACACCAUCCUUCCUUUAAAAAUCUUUAAGCAAAUGUUUAAUCUUACCUGUAUCUUGCUUUAUUUUCUGUUCCAACGGAGGGUCAAGAAAGAAGAUGCCACUUCUGCCAAGAGACAUCUUUCUCCUAGAGAGGUCCCCACGUGCCCAGAGGCCUCCUCUGGGUGUUGGAGCCGCCUGCAGGGGCGAAGGAAGAGCAGGCGUGCAGGUGCCAGGCCCCCCACCGCUCUGAGGGCCACAAAGUGACACGUCAGGUGUGGGGGGGUCCCAGGCCUGACCGUGGCUGCGCUGACCUCCUCUGGCGCAGGUGUGGCAGGUGACAUGGCCAUUCAGUUCUGCCACUUCUCCAUUCUGUGGGGCCCCCGCCUCUGAGACAGCAGCUGACGUGCUAGUGUGCGUGUGUAGAUGCACAAAACGACACACGUGGGGGCGCCUGUGUGUAGGGGGGCACCCAGGGCCCCCCCCCACUCCUGCUAUGGGACCUCAUCCCAGGCGCUCACGCUGCCACUCACACACGUUCAGAGGAGAAGAGCAUGAGUGGCAUGUAUCCAGGACCCGUCAGAAAACUGCCGUUGGGGUUCAGACCCAGGACAGAAUAUCCGGAUCCGAGGCGGUUCCUCCCUCGAGCCCUGACAGCUGAGUGCUGUGGCCCAUCCAGGCAGCGUGGAGCAGUGGCCUGUGUCCUGACCUGAGGGCUCCACCACCACGAAGGAACCUCUGACCGCAGAAAGAGAGAGCUGUUCGCUGAGGAAGCCAGAGAGGGGAGGAAAGUGCCGACUGGAAUUGGGGAGGAUGAGCCACAGUCAGGCGGCCCGAGGGGCACGGAGAGCGGCUGGUGCUCAGCCUCUUGAAGGACCGGGAAGGCGUCAGUUAAGCCCCUUAGCAAGAAGCCUGCAAUAAUCCCCAAAUGGAAGAAUGUACAGUCCCAAAAUGGGUGAAAAAGCCUAACAGAAAGCUGCAAAUGUGCCGAGUGGUCAGGCUUUGAGGAACACGGACCCCUCAGGAGAAGCCAGUCUUUAAACGGCUGCAUCAGCAGGGGGUUCUUCCUGGUAGAAUAAGAGCCAGAACACACAGCUAGAGGAGCAGCCUGCCUGCAGGUGACCAGGAAAGGGCGGGUCCCGGAAGUGGGACUCUGAUGCCUUAAUGUACAGCCUUUCUGCAGCCCUUGUGCAGCCUGCGGGAGUCAUUUCCAUAGAUUCAAAUAGUCUUAUCUCCAGCCAAACCAUGUCCCUCCACCCAAAGGUCGUUUCAUGUUUCCACUGAACGACUUAUCAGAUCAAAUACCUAGGUGCCUUUCUCUUAAAAACCAGAGAAAACACACACCCUUCUCCGCUGACCCUGUCUUGAGACGCAGUCUCCCAUCACACCUCCUGCAACCAUCCCCACAGGGCACCCUAACGGCCAUCCUCACCCUCAUUCUCUGGUUGGAAGCAAGGGCCCCAGGCCUGCUUCUCUUUCUCGCCUGCCCUCCUAGGUCCCCAGUAGGGAAGGAAUAUCAUUUUUAGAGAAGUACAAACUUUUUCAACAAAUGGAGGCAUAACUGGAGUCUGUUUUUGAGUUGGGGAGGCUAGUAAAGGAGCUGGAACUCUGUGAUUCUAACCAGUUUUCAGAACAAGCUGACCACCCAUCCUAACAGUAAAAACCUUUGCAGGAAAACAGGCAAUGGACAAAGAUACUUAGGACUGUAAAACAUAAACACAGAAUAAACUGCUCGUUUCUCUCACAAGCGUGGCAUCAACCAUAAGGUAGGUUCAUCAGGCAGAUUAAGCCCAUUCUGCGCCAGAGAAGCUUCUAGGGCCUUCGCAACCCACCCCUCCCCGCCACUGGCUGAUUCUGAAACAUCUCAGAAUCAGGCUGAGAGGUGCUCCGUGGCCCAGCUGUCUGUAUGGAAAUCACAGAGACCAUUUUAACAAGGUCCUUGCUGCCGUUUCUGUUUUGUGAUAUUAUGGAAAACACAAGAUGAAAGAAACUAAAUGUACUAUUCCUGGGGACACAACAAAAUGACUUUUUUUUUAGGGGGUGGGAGGGGAACUAAAAACGAGAGACAUUUAAUCCUAAAAGUUUCCUGAAAGAAAAGAACCAUGCUCUACAACUUCAAAUUUUUCUUACAAAGGAAAAUUUAAUGUUAGAUGAGCCGUCGAACCAGGCCUAAUGCAGACAGAUAUUAGGAGUGGUGCAGCCUGUAAAAACGCCAGGUUAAGUGCUGACUAGAAAAGAUCACUGAUUAUACCAGAAAACUCAGUUCUGGAAGGGCAGUUUGGGACCGAGGAUGGUAAAGCCACACGGUAGGACCAAUACUCAGUGGAGAGACACGGAGUCUGAGAUGACGGUGACAGUAGGUUAGCCCUUUUGGAGACACAGUGCUCUCUGCAGCUGGAAGUAAGUUACUGCUGGCAUCGAAGGAGCCCGGAGGGUAAGAAAAAAAUCUGCAUAAUUACAGAAGUGCCCUCACAGAAUACCUACCCCUCCCGAAGCUCUCACUGGCAAACACCAGCUCUUUGUAAGGAGAUCUCCCAAACGUAAUAAAAUUAUUACACAGUUAUAUUCUGAAGUUCAUUUUGCAUUUUAAUAAAAAAGAAUUUUACGUCAGGA